GUGUGCUGGACUGUUCUGAUCCCAGGGCCGAGUUGCCUGUUUGUGAUGUGUGUUGGGGGGAGGCCUGGGGCAGCAGGAACAGGACAGCCGGACAGGCAGGCCGGACCGGGUACCAGCACCUCGACUUCUCUCCCUGGGACACUAUCUAAACUCCAGGGGCCAUAGACCAAGCUGAGCGAUGGGUGCUGAGGAGGAGGUGCUGGUCACACUAUCAGGGGGAGCACCCUGGGGCUUCCGACUUCAGGGGGGGGCCGAGCAGAGGAAACCCUUACAGGUGUCCAAGAUCCGAAGACGUAGCCAGGCUGGCAGAGCAGGACUCCGAGAGAGGGACCAGCUCUUGGCAAUCAAUGGGGUCGCUUGCACCAGCCUGUCUCAUGCCAGUGCCAUGAGCCUCAUCGAUGCCUCAGGGAAUCAGCUCAUCCUCACUGUGCGGCGGGUAGCAGAUGAGGGGUCUGUGCGAUCUCCAUCCCCUGGUGAGCUUCAGGUGCUAUCACCCUUAUCUCCACUGAGUCCUGAACCCCCUGGUGCUCCAGUUCCCCAACCUCUUCAGCCUGGGAGCCUUCUCUCACCUCCCGACAGUGAGGCUUACUAUGGAGAGACAGACAGUGAUGCUGAUGGUCCUGCCACCCAGGAGAAGCCCCGCCGACCCCGCCGCCGAGGCCCCACGAGGCCCACCCCUCCAGGUGCCCCACCUGAUGAGGUCUACCUGUCUGACAGCCCAGCAGAGCCGGCACCUGCAAUCCCUGGCCCUCCGAGCCAGGGUGACAGCCGUCUGAGUUCCCCAUCUUGGGAGGAUGGAGCAGCCCUUCAGCCACCUCCAGCUGAGGCCCUGCUGUUACCCCAUGGCCCACUCCGGCCUGGCCCUCAUCUCAUCCCUAUGGUGGGGCCUGUUCCCCACCCAGUGGCAGAAGAUCUUACUACUACCUACACCCAGAAGGCCAAGCAAGCCAAACUGCAACGUGCAGAAAGCCUCCAAGAGAAGAGUGUAAAGGAAGCCAAGACCAAAUGCCGGACGAUUGCAUCCCUGCUAACUGCAGCCCCUAACCCCCACUCCAAGGGAGUGCUUAUGUUUAAGAAACGCCGGCAGAGAGCCAAGAAGUACACCCUAGUGAGCUUUGGAGCUGCUGCUGGGACAGGCGCCGAGGAGGAGGACGGCAUUCCCCCCACUAGUGAGUCAGAGCUCGAGGAAGAAACCUUCUCCGACGCCCGCAGCCUCACCAAUCAGUCCGACUGGGACAGCCCCUAUCUGGACAUGGAGCUGGCCAGGGUGGGCUCAGGCAAAGCAGAGGUGGGAGGGCAGCUGAGCGAGGCCUCUGGGAGAGGGGUCCAGCUCUUUGAACAGCAGCGCCAGCGCGCAGCCUCCAGCUCCCAGGAGCUGGAUAAAGUUGGCUCCGCAGCCACGAGCAAUGGGCAGGGCCUGCAGUCACCACCUCGGGCCCAGAGUGCUCCUCCAGACGCGGCUGUGCUCCCACCUAGCCCUCUGCUGGCCCCUGUAGCUAGCCCCAGCCCCUUCCCACCGGGUGGUGGGGCCUCCACCCCAGCUCCAAGCGUCUUUAACCGGUCGGCCAGGCCCUUUACCCCGGGCUUGCAAGGGCAGCGGCCAAGCACCACCUCCGUUAUUUUCCGGCCCGUAGCCCCUAAGAGGGCGAAUGAAAACCUGGGAGGCCUCAGCCCCGCCCCACCCCCCUUCUUGUCCUCUCCACAGGGGCCCGCCCCCCAGUCCAGCCUCCCCUCAGGGGUUCCCAGCCACAUGCCAGCCUCGGGUUCCGCCAGCACCUCACGCGCCUCGGGCCCUGUGACGGCCACCAGCUCUCUGUACAUCCCAGCCCCCAGUCGGCCUGUUACCCCAGGCGGAGCCCCAGAGCCCCCCGCUCCUCCUAGCGCGGCUGCCAUGACCUCCACCGCGUCUAUCUUCCUAUCUGCACCUUUGCGACCCUCUGCGCGCCCAGAGGUCCCCGCCCCAGGCCCAGCGGCCCCUGAGCCCCGCAGCGCCCGGGAACAGCGCAUCUCGGUGCCAGCUGCCCGCACCGGCAUCCUGCAGGAGGCCCGGCGCCGGGGGACCCGGAAGCAGAUGUUCCGGCCGGGAAAGGAGGAGAAGAAUUCGCCCAACCCCGAGCUGCUAUCGCUGGUGCAAAACCUGGAUGAAAAACCCCGGGCCGGGGGUGCUGAAUCUGGUCCUGAGGAGGACGCUCUGAGCCUCGGGGCUGAAGCCUGCAACUUCAUGCAGACACCUGGACCCAGGAGUUACAAGACCCUGCCCCACGUGACGCCUAAAACCCCGCCUCCAAUGGCUCCCAAGACCCCACCCCCGAUGGCUCCUAAGACUCCACCCCCAGUGGCUCCUAAGCCUCCAUCUCGGGGGCUGCUAGAUGGGCUAGUGAAUGGGGCAGCCCCUUCGGCUGGAAUCCCUGAGCCACCAAGGCUUCAGGGAAGGGGUGGGGAGCUGUUUGCCAAGCGGCAGAGCCGUGCAGAUAGGUAUGUGGUGGAAGCUACACCUGGUCCCGGCCUUGGCCCUCGGCCCAGAAGUCCUUCUCCCACCCCCUCCCUGCCCCCUUCCUGGAAAUAUUCACCCAACAUCCGUGCCCCACCUCCUAUUGCUUACAACCCACUGCUCUCCCCCUUUUUCCCCCAGGCUGCCCGAACUCUCCCAAGUAAAGCCCAAUCCCAGGGGCCUCGUGCAACCCCCAAGCAGGGCAUCAAGGCUCUGGAUUUCAUGCGGCAUCAACCCUACCAACUUAAAACUGCCAUGUUCUGUUUUGAUGAGGUUCCCCCAACUCCUGGCCCCACCUCCUCAGGGGCUCCCAAAACUGCCCGAGUCCAGGAGAUUCGCAGAUUUUCCACUCCCGGGCCCCAGCCUACUGCGGAGCCCCUGGCUCCCACUGUGCUUGCCCCCAGAGCAGCCACUACCCUGGAUGAGCCCAUCUGGAGGGCAGAGCUGGCCUCAGCCCCUGUUCCUAGCCCAGCCCCUCCUCCAGAGUCUCCCAGGGGCCUUGGGGCUUCUCCCAGCUCCUGUGGUUUUCAGGUGGCCAGGCCCCGAUUCUCAGCCACCAGAACAGGAUUGCAGGCUCAUGUGUGGAGGCCUGGGGCAGGGCACCAGUGAGCAGGGCACAGGUCCCAGGACCAAGGACAAGUGGAACAUCCAGUUCCUAAAGUUGCUUCUCCUACCCCAUCCCACCCCCUCUUCUCAGGCAUCUGGAGGCUAAAUUUCCUCCUGCCAGAGAUAGUUUAGGAGUUGGUGUCCCAUCCCCCAGCUUCCUCCUCACUCCCCACCUCCCUGCUGCUUUCCAACCUACUAUCUCUGCUAUGGUAUCUUUGCUUCUCUUUGUCUCUGUAUUUCCUUGCCUGUACCUCUGUCUUUAUCUCCAGGCUUCUCUGCUCAUAUUCCCGCACAAGUCUCUGUUUCUUUACAUUUGUGCUUUUCUCUAUGGGCCUUACUUUAAUGUUCAGUGAGAAGCACACAGAAGUUACUACUGGGACUUCAGGCAAGACAGCGAAGGGACUGACCUGUUUGCACUAAGCCCCUCCCUACUCCUCACUCUGCUUUUCCAAGCUUGGCUGACAUAUACCUAAUCCUGUACGUGUGUGUGUGAGUAUGUGCAAGUGUGUGUGUGCACAGAUGUUCUCUUCUGUCUGAGGCAAGAGUAAGAGCAGAGGUCUAAAUAAAGAUCCAAUCUGGGUCUUAUCCAUGUACUGAUAGAAGGGUCAGAUAUUCCCACAUAGAGCCUAGUGGGGACAAACAGAUUCACUAGAGGAUAACUCCUAGAGACCAGUGUCUGUAGCAGAUGUACAGCAUCUUGUGAAACUAAUGGAGUAUGAGAAGACUGAAGGGCCAGGACAGUUUGCUUGGGCUGAGUUAUACCAGUUAGACAAAGAACAGAACUAAGAAUUCUUCUAAUCAUCAGGAUUUCAGAAAGUUAGCAACUUGAGAGCCCCAUGCUGAACAACCCAGUAUCCAGGAAGUGAAAAAAAUAAAGAAAAUUUCCUCUGAGAAUGAACGAAUCAUUGGCUUCAUUGCCUCAUGAGCCUAAGACAGAAAGGAGAGAAAGAGAGCCAUGGUGUGGAGAGUGAGGCAGGAACCAGGAGCAGAGCAGAAAUUAGUGAAAGGAUCACGCCACAGAGAGGAGCAUGGUGAGGGUGAGUGCAGUGUUGGCAGAAAGUUAAGUUGGGUAACAAGAAACCAGCCAGGAAAAAAUUGAGGGGAUCAGGAAAAAAUCUGAGGGAGAAAAUUGAAUUUGUUCAAGUAAAGGGGGAUGAUGGUGGGAGGGAGGUGGGAGGGUGUGUGCUGAGUGCUGAAAGAACAGUUGGUAUCUGUGUGACCUCCUUUGAGUCUGUCCUUCAGUUUGUCUUCUGCAGCUUGUCAUGACUACCUGGGAAGGAGCCGGGAAGCACCAAGAGCCAAAAUCUUUUUCUAGUCCUACCCCAUCCUCAAAACCCUAGCUCUUGUUCCUUUUCAGCUUCAGGUCCUGAUCUCUGAUCCUACAGGGAUAUGGACUCCCCCUCCACCAAGACCACCGCCAGCCACGUUUGCUAUUUCAUCUGGAAAGUAAUAAUCCCCUUUGCAUAUUGAGUGUGCGUCACGAGUCUCAGGACUUUGGCUUGUGCACAAGAAUAAACUUAUGCCCCAUGCCUUC